UAUCUGCUAGCUUGGCCCGACUUGUUUGAUUUGUAAGAAGAAGAUUUUUUUUUAAGAAAGAUUUUCAAAAUUUUGUAACUUUGUGUAAGUGAACCAGAAAUAUUAUUUUCCAACCUAUGCUAAAAACAAUGAACCUACUGGUACGCUAGUAACUUUCUGAUAUAUCUGUGGAUGAUAAAUGAUGUUUUCGCCAGAUGAGGAUUUGCAAGAGUUGGAAGCUAUGCUAUACAGCCAAAUCUACCAUGGCAACACGGGUAUUGAGGCUGAUCCAUUAUUAACCACUACUGUCAAUAUUACUAGUCCUACAGGUAUACCAAAAAUAAACACGGGGUGCUGUAACAAUUUAAAUGAGUUUGAUCCAAAAAAUUCACAAGGAAUUAAUGAUGCCACAGCCAAAACAACUGGUUGCCUUUUCACAAAUCCAGUGAACAAAUCAGUAGUUGCACCUCCUUAUCAAAAACAGGAUAUUCCUCAUCUAGAAAUUUUAGCUCGUCUCCUUAAAAUAGAAAAUUGGCCAAAAGGUUUGAAAUAUUCCUUAAGAUUAUUUGAGAGAGGAAAAUUAUCGAGAAAUAGCCUGAUAAAAAAACUGAAAAAAGAAAUAUUUCUUCUAAAAAGUCGUGGUAAAAGGGAACAAAAAAGAAAAGAUAAAAAAGAGAAAAGCAGCAAAAUGUUGCAUGAGAGAGUUAAGCAGGUUGGCUCACCAUCUUCUGAAGUGAUAUGUAUAUUAGAUGGUGAUGACGGUGAACAACCUGAAAAUGACGAUGAAAUCAUAUAUGUGGCACCACCUCCUGUGCCUGUUAUUAGUAUAGAUACUGAUAGUGAAGAAGAGAAUGAAAAAAAUAUGACGCCUAAAGAGCAAGAGUUCAAAGUAACUCCUGAAGAAGAAAUAUCAAAUGAUUUCAUUGGCAACCACGAGGAGCAAAAUUCUUCACAAAUAUUUAAUUUUAGUUUACAUGGUUCUGAUUUCGCUAAUAAUGAAUUUGUGCGCCCUGCAAACCCAUCCGAAGCUUAUGAGACUGAGAGUAGCACAAGUACUUCUGAAUUUGCAAAGGAGUCUUCAAGAAACUUUAACAAUUCUGUUAAAACUAUUGUAUUUAAUGAAGUGGAAUUUCCCAAAGAAGACAUUUUUACGGCUAACCUGGACAGUUUUCAAGAAUUUGUAAAUUCAUCUCAAAGUAAUAUCUGCAAAUCUAAGGGCCAGUGUAGCAGUGGCAUGGUUGUAGUGCAGAAAAAGAAAAAUCAAACAAGAACUUCUUCAGAUAGCAGUUCUGAAAGUGAUUAUGAAACACCAUUAGAAAACUUGCCAAAUUUAUCACCAAUGCUUUCCAAGAAUGACUCUAAGUCAGAAUAUUGUACUAUAUUAGAUACAAGCGCAGGGGGGAAACAAAUGAAACGAAAUAUUGAACAAGUAUAUGGAAAUGAGCAUCCUAAAAAAACACAGCCAUCAAGUAGUAACCUGAAAAGGAGAAAUAGAAGAAAGAAAAAAAAGUCAACACAAAAAAGUCCAGAAGAAGAGGUUUCACAUUCUGUUGUGGCUGCAACUGAUAAUAGUCUACCCUUGGAACAAUCUGUAGUGGAACUAGCAGCUUCAAAUUCUAACCAAACUGCCAUAGCCGAUAGUACUCAGGAAGAUAGUACCAAGAUGAAGGCUAAAAAAAGAAAACCCAAGGAUGAUGAUGGCAAUGGCGAAAAUAAUUCUAGUGUGGCUGUCAAUGAAAGUGAAAUUGGAAUUAAUCAAAAUAUUACAGAAGCAGAAAAACAAAUUCAAACGGUCUCUGACCCAGAGGUUAUCAUUGUAGAAGAAGAAAUCAGUCACAUAGAGAUCCUAGACUCUAGUUCUGACUCUAUUGAUGCAGUUGAAGUUAUUCAGGAUUUGAGGAGGGCAAAUGCCAGCGAAUUAAGUUUAGAAUCACAUAGAGAUUUCGAAGAAUUUGAUGUAGAAAACUUACAGAAAAAAAUGUCUGAUGACCCUGUGCUAUGGCAGAUUUCUGCUAAAGACAGACUGGGGACAACUUCUAAAAAGGGCAUCAGAUGUCGUCGAUGCCGAGAAUUUGGACAUAUUGCACUGCACUGUACCAAUAAUGUCGCACCUCCGAGUUGUACAUUGUGUGGUAAUGUUGGCCAUCGGGAACCAAGAUGUCCUAAUAAAGUCUGCUUUUCAUGUGGCAAUGCUGGAGCGUUUUCAACCAUAUAUUGUUGGAAAUGUGUCAAGAAUAGAAGCAAGGUGUGUGAUAUUUGUGGCAUUUAUGGACAUAUCAGCAGAGAUUGUCCAGAUAUAUGGAGGAGAUAUCAUUUGACAACAAAAGCUGGGCCUUUAAUGAUUCCCAAGCAAGGACCAUUAUUGAGGCCUAGGACUGAACAGUGGUGUGCUGGUUGUGCCCAACAAGGGCAUCUUGAUUUUGAAUGUGACAGCUACAAGUACAUUCGUGAUUAUCCAGCCACAUCUCCAGAAAUUUUCCAUUACUCUGACAUUUACUCCAACCCACAAGUUUAUACUGACAAUGUUCAAAGACAAUCCACAAGUCAGGAUACAGCAGCACCUAUGAUAAAUAAUGCUCAGCAUCUACCAAACUCGAAUUUACCGGUUCUGUAUCCUCCUCAGAAUAUUUUUCCAGCACAUCAGCACAAUGCUCCAGUAAACCAGCUUCAUAAUAUUUUAAACCCUCUUCCUCUUAUCAAUCCCAAUCUUUUACCCAAUCCUCUUUCUGUACUUAUGGGUCCCCAAGGUAUGCCUUUAAACGUACCUCAAAAUAUACCAUAUCAGAUAGGAAAGUAUGCUACAAAGUUUCGUGAUAGUUCCCUGCGAGACCUCAUAGAUUUUGUAGAAGGUGAACUAUCCAAAUUGCAGGGAAUGAAUUCUGAUGCUAAGUAUUGGAAGAAGAAACUCCUGACUGUUGAAAACCUGAAGAAAACCAAGAGUGAAAGAUCAGAAGGGAUACAGAAACGCAUUAAUUUCACAUAUAAACUGAUUAACAUGUAUGUUUUUGGAGUUAGGAAAUUGAAAGAUGGGAAACGGCAUCUUGACAACUUGAGAAACUUUAUCUACCAACCGGGUUAUGAACUACGCGGUAAUAAAAGAAAAAUGUUGUUUGAUGCUUACAGCUACAUUUUUGGAAAUCAACAUCAAAAUGUAAAUUAUCACAGACUUUUAAACAAUUUGAUUGUUAAUUCUAAAAUGGGCAGGCCUUUGAUCUGACCCAAGUUAUUUCUGGAUGUAAUAUUGAUUGAUUGAAUAUUGACGAGCAUGUUCGGAUAUUCUUUUAAGUUUCGUUAUGUUUGAGAAAACUUUUAUUUGUUUUUUUGAUUAAUUGAAAAAUAUGGUUCAAACAUUUUCCCACAUGAAAUGUAUUGUCAUCAUAUUUUUAGUUAAAGUAAUAGCUGCUUUUCUCUGUUAUCAGUUUUGGGGGGUCCUCGUAGGAAAUAAAUACUGUAGAAUCAAAUAUUUUUUACACUUCCC